AUGGUGUCGAUAUCUUUUCGCAUUGUCUUGGUAGUUGGUCAACCUCCUAUUACAAUGCCUUAUGACCUGUUUGGAAGUUUAGAGAGGGAGGAGAGUAGAGGAGAGUAUUUAAUGUUUGGACCAGACAUAUGUGGUACACAGACAAAGAAGCUUCAUGUUAUACUCUCCUACCAGGGCCAAAAUUACCCCAUCAAGAAGGAUUUGGAAUGUGAAACAGACAAGCUUACUCAUUUCUACACAUUUAUUCUUAGGCCUGAUGCAACAUAUAGCAUCCUGAUUGACAAUCGGGAGAGAGAUUCUGGAAGCAUGUAUGUAGAUUGGGAUAUUCUUCCCCCACGGAAAAUUAAGGAUGUCAGGGCAAAUCAAAUAAAAGAACCAACUUCAUAG